AUGCCCCCGCGCCGUGAUCCUGGUGUUGAUGCCCCUGCGCGCGCCGUUCCGCGCCGUGGUGCGCGCUGGGCCACAGCGGAAGUGCUGGGAGGCGUUAAGGAUGGUGCUCCAGCAGUACUGCUAGCUCUGCUGCCACCCCUGCCUCCCUCUAGCGCCUUUACCCCUGACACGACGGCCUCGAGUACUUCCAGUGGCCACCACGAUGGUGCUUCGCUGGGAGGGGCCAGCGGAGCAGUAGAUCGAGGCGCCGAUGGAUCAGGGGCAAAGACCUCGGUGUUGCGCGGCCAGGUCGUCGAAGUGCUCGAGGUCAUCUUCGUACGGCGCCAUGGUUCCUGCGCAAAUCGUCAGUUUCGGCGGAGAUCUACGGCGUUCGAAAGCGUUUACUCACGCGAUUCUAGAGUAGUAGCUGCUGGAUCGCUGCAAUUCCCGGCGGUGGUGCGCAAUUGGUUCGAAGAUUUGGUGUUGUGA